AUGGCAUUCCAACAGCCCCUCAACCUCGAGCCAAACACACUCUACGUCCUCCUGCUCGAUCGGGGGACAACGAAUGUCUUCCAUUGGGAACUAUACCUCGCGCAAACCGCCACGAGAGGAACCGUGUUCCACAUAAUCAACGAAGGCGGGCCCACGGCGUGGCAAUACAAGACCGAGCCAACAAGCGAAAUCCCAACACUCGGGCGACUGAUACUAGCCCUUCAGAUCGGGACUGUGUCACCGAUUCUACAUGCUGCGCUGUCGGGUAGACUGGCCAUGGUACCGCUCACGCUGUACUCGGCUCGAUAUCGGGAGGCGCUAAAUUGUGGUGUGUGGGUGCUAGAGGCGCUGUUUGCCCUUGACGAUGAAGGGUAUGUGUCUCUAGAUAUAGGGAUACGAGAGAUUGAGCAAGAGGCCAAGCGAAUUGGUGUGGUUAAUAAGAGGCAGGGGAUUCGGACUCUUGUUAGGAGUAGGGCAUUUGGGAACUAG